AUGUUGGGCUCUGAACAAGAGCAAGUUGCUGCUGCUGGUGAUGAUAGGGUUGAUGGCUCACCUCCUGAGUUACCCCUAUCAUCUCAGCAGCAGCAACAUGUUGGUGCUGCUGAGGGCUCAUCUCAGCCCUCUCAGCAGCAACAGGAUGAUGCUAAUGUUGCUGGUACUGGAGGUAAUGUUGUUGACAAAAAACGUAAGCAGAUUGCUGUUAGAUCCAAAGUUUGGGAUCAUUUUGAGCGCAUAAAUGACGAAUCUGGAAAAUUGGUUAUGGCUAAAUGUUUAUACUGUGCUAAAAUUUACAAUUGUGAUACUAAAGUUAAUAGCACUUCUACACUUAGAUCACACAACCUUGCAUGCCUUAAGAAUCCCCACAGUAAAGAAACUAGACAGGCAUUGUUAACUCUACAACCUGCUGCUAAAUUUGAUGCUGAAAAUGAGGGGAAGGGUCAAUUAGGGACCUGGAAAUUUUCCCAAGAUGAUAUAUUGGCUUAUAUGCUUAUUGUAGAUGAACUUCCAUUUCGUUUUGUUGAGGGUCUAGGCUUUAAGAGAUUUAUGAGUUAUGCAUGCCCUAGGUUUUAUAUUCCAUCUAGAUGGACUGCUAAUAGAGACUGCUAUCAAUUGUAUCUUGAUGAAAGAAUUAUUUCUCUUGUUCCUGUUUGUGGGCAUAAAGGUGAUUACAUUAGGAAAAUACUUGAAAAUUGUUUGCUAGCUUGGGGUCUGAAAAAUGUGUUUACAGUGACUAUGGAUAAUGCUGGUAACAAUAACACUGCCAUUGCUGCAUUUAAAAAGAAAAUGGUUGCAUGGGGCACAGAUGUUUGUAGGGGUGAUUAUUUACAUAUGAGAAAUAGUCCCUCUAGGCUUAAGAAGUUCAAAGACCUUGCUGCUGAUGCUAAAUUAGGCACAAAAAAGUCCUUAUGUUUAGAUGUUCCAACUAGGUGGAACUCCACUUAUUUGAUGCUUGAUACUGCUUGCUUGUUUCAGUCUAUUUUUGGAAGCUAUGAGGAGUGUGAUGAAAGUUUUAGAUCUGAUAUGAUUGAAAGUAUUCCAGAUUUUGUAGAUUGGGAAACUGUUAAAAAAUUUGCUACUUGCCUAUCCUAUUUCUAUGUUACUACUUUGCGCAUUUCUGGAUGCUUGUAUGUUACAUCCAACAUGCAGUUUCAGGAAAUUUGUGACCUUUCUAUCAUGUUGGAUGGAAUGUUGUCAAGUGAUGACAUAGAGAUUAGGCAAAUGGGCAGAAAAAUGAGGGACAAAUUUAACAAGUAUUGGGGUGAUCCCCAGAAGAUGAAUCUUUUGAUAUUUUUUGCACAUGUUUUUGAUCCUACCUCCAAAAUGAAACAUUUGUUGUUUGCUCUAUCAAGUUUGUUUGGUUCUGAUCAAGGCAAAGUUUUAUUUGAAACUGUGAAUUGCAAGCUGACUAGUCUUUUUGAUGAGUAUGAAAAAGCUUAUGUCAAUGGGGGUGCAUCUGCCUAUAUUAGCCUUAGCCAAUCUAUAGAGGUUGUUUCUGCUCAAGUUCCAAUCAUGCCAUCUCCUGCAAAGAAACAUUUAUCCCUAAUGAAGGCAAAAUUCAAUGAGCACAAUAAGGAAAGUAGUGUAAGUGGCACUAGGAAAUCUGAGCUAGAAUUGUACCUGAGUGAGACCACAGUUGACAGUGAGAAAGAAUUUCUAAUUUUGAAGUGUACUUCUGGCAGAGUACUUGACUGUUUUAGGAGUUCAUUAACUCCAAGACUGGUGGAAGCCCUGGUGUGCACUCAGGAUUGGCUUAGAACAGAAUCUAGCCCUUUGAUGAUUGAAGAGUGCCUUGAUGAAUUGGAACCUUUUGAGCAAGAAUUGCCCAACUAA